ACUGAGCCCACUACUGGUUUACCUACCACCACUACUACUGAGGCCACUACUGGUUUACCUACCACCACUACUACAGAGACUGAGCCCACUACUGGUUUACCUACCACCACUACUACUGAGCCCAUUACUGGCUUACCUACUACCACUAAUACCGAGCCCACUACUGGUUUACCUUCCACCACUACUACCGAGGCCACCACUGGAUUGACUACCACCACUACUACUGAGCAGGCCACCACUGGAUUGACUACAACCACUACUACUGAGCCAACUACUGGUUUGUCUACCAACACUACUACUGAGCCCACUACUGGUUUACCUACCACCACU